AUGGUCGAGGAGGGCAUUGUCCUCGGCCAUAAAGUUUCAAAACAUGGCAUUGAAGUUGAUCCGGCCAAAGUUUUGGUGAUUGCGAAAUCGCCCUCUCCUACUUCUAUCACGGGAGUACGGGCUUUUCUUGGGCAUGGCGGUUUCUACCGGAGAUUUAUCAAAGAUUUUUCGUCAAUCGUCAAACCUUUGACAGAAUUACUCAUAAAGGAUGUUGCUUUUAACUUCAAUGAGGCUUUCCUUGAACCAUUUCGUAAGCUCAAGGAAGCUCUCAUAUCCUCUCCCGUUGUUCAAGCUCCGGAUUGGAGCUUGCCUUUUGAGCUAAUGUGCGAUGCGAGUGAUUUUGCAGUGGGUGUCGUGCUAGGACAAAAGAAAGAAGGAAAAUCAUGUGUCAUCUACUAUGCAAUCAUUCCCCCAGAGUUUUCUUCUCAAAAUGGAUGUACCAAUUAUCUUGCUUGUGGAGUCAUUCCCCCGGAGUUUUCUUCUCAACAAAAGAAGAGGUUUUUCAAGGAAGUGAGGAGGUACUUCUGGAAUGACCCAUACUUGUACAAACAAUGUGGAGAUGACCUUUUUCAAAAAUGUGUUCCAGAUCAUGAAAUCAAAGGAGUUCUUGAGCAUUUCCAUUCACUACCAUGUGGAGGACAUGGGGGUGUUGAUAAGACGGUGGCAAAAAUUUCUCAAUCUCUAUUGUGGUGGCCAACGAUGCAUAAGGAUGCCCAUAAGUUCGUUUCACAAUGUGAUAGGUGUCAAAGAAGUGGUGGCAUAACCAAAAGGGAUGAAAUGCCUCAACAAAGUGUCUUGGAAGUUGAGCCCUUUGAUGUUUGGGGAGUGGACUUUAUGGGGCCUUUCGUUUCUUCUUGUGGAAAUCUAUAUAUCUUGGUAGCAGUUGAUUAUGUGACAAAAUGGAUUGAAGCCAUACCCUCUCCUAACAAUGAUCACAAGGUUGUGCUUAAGCUUCUAAAGAAGAUCAUUUUUCUAGGUUUGGGAUUCUAA